GUCGCCCGGGGGCGCUCGGCCUUGACCGUCAAUGCAGUGUACCGUUCACUAUCUAUAGUCCUGCAUCACUAGAGGACUAUACUAUGGCAUCACUUCACACUACUAUACUCUCCCCUACUAUGGAUAGGGGCCCCCCCCCAAUCAAUAAUUUGGAUAGGCUCCCAGCGGGGGUCGGACGAGUACCGUCAGGUCCUCUCCCUCCAAGCUAUUCUAUUAGGAGAGGGGCGUUUCUCGAUAUAGGUAGGGGGCCUCGAUGAACCGGGUGAUUCUCACCCUUUCUCAUUGAGAAAGAGAGGUGAGCCUCCCCUCCCUUUCUACCCGCAUCUAUAGUGGGGGGUUCCAAUCGGAGUAGACAUCUAUGGGAUGGAUUAGUACUAGCAACAGCGGCAUAAAAGCAAUCAACGGAAAACAAGACUGACCCCGUAGGGGCCUAGCCGGAAGAACCAAUCUAAGCCUGCAGGGUGGGAAUGAUGUUCUCUCCAAGCAUCGGGUGUGAGGCCUACCCACUGUUCAUCUGGAGCAUGCGAUAAAAGUUAUGGCUGGUCUAUUUUAUCCAUCUCCUAGUUUCACUAGCAGGCUUAUUAAUUAACAGAGGUUUCCCCGCAGUGCCCGAUUCUAGAUCAAGAGCGUCGAAACAAUGCUAAUAAUGAGAGGGGAAAGCACCCAACUUCUAUCAUACGGGGCUGUGCGGGUGGUCGGGACAUGCUUCCUUAUUAGCGAGUUGGGGCUGGAUGCUCCUACUGAAUCGAAACAGUUCACUACGCCCUACUAUUUGAGAGGGCUCUACGGGGGGCCUACUAGAACUAGUGCCGGGGUGGGGCCUUUCUAUAGUUGAUAGUAGGGCCCCCGGGACAUGGAAUGGGUCUAGCUCACGAUAAAGCUGCUUCUCAGAGGUCCAUAGAAUUGUAGGGCGGCUAGAAUUCUUUUCAACUUCAAUUGAUUCUAUACGUAACAUGCCUGGCCACUCAUGUGACGUAUAUAGACUGCAUCGUUAUACUAGAGUCUAGUUUGGCCUAGACUAUCUCCCGGGCCCUAUAGAUAGUAGACCGUGUCGUAUCUCCGAAAACAAGGAUUCCCCACAUCUACCUACACAACGAUCUGCAUGGGGAUAGACACACAAGCCCGAUCGGGGGAGUCUAGGUGCACCGAUUAUUCCCCACAUCUACCUACACAAGCCCGAUCUGCAUGGGGAAGUCGAUGCCGAUUAGCUUUUUAAGGAUAGGCAAAUCUUUUUUGGUGCCAUAGUAGAUUAAUAAACCUGCUAGCCCUUGAGAAUAGUAGGGCGGGAUUGGCACCCGGAAAUUUCCAUUGAGGGGGAGUCGAAUUGAGGGGACAGAGACAUGACACAACGAUUUUCCAUUCUCAAACAACCCAUAUUCUCCACACUGAACCAGCAUUUGAUAGAUUAUCCGACCCCGAGCAAUCCGAGUCAUUGGCGGGGGUUUGGUUCGUUAGCUGGUAUUUGUCCAGCCAUUCAGAUAGUGACCGGCGUUUUUCCAGCUAUGCAUUACACACCACAUGUGGAUCUAGCUUUCAACAGCGUAGAACAUAUCAUGAGAGAUGUUGAAGGGGGCUGGUUGCUUCGUUAUAUGCAUGCUAAUGGGGCAAGUAUGUUUCUCAUCGUGGUUUACCCCCAUAUUUUUCGCGGUUUGUAUUAUGCGAGUUAUGACAGUCCUAGGGAAUUUGUUUGGUGCCUCGGAGUUGUCAUCUCCCUGUUAAUGAUUGUGACUGCUUCUAUAGGACAUGCACUACCUCGGGGUCAAAUGAGCUUUCGGGGAGCUACGGUAAUUACAAGCUCAGCUAGCGCCAUACCCGUAGUGGGAGAUACGAUCGUGACUUGGCCGUGGGGUGGUUUCCCCGUGGACAAUGCCACCUUAAAUCGUUUCUUUAGUCCUCAUCAUCCACUCCCUUUUAUUCCAGUAGGCGCCAGUCCUCUUCAUCUGGCCGCAUUGCAUCAAUAUGGAUCGAAUAAUCCAUUGGGUGUGCAUUCAAAGAUGGAUAAAAUCGCUUCUUAUCCCUAUUUUUACGCGAAGGAUCUAGUAGGUCGGGUAGCUUCCGCUAUCUUCUUUUCCAUUUGGAUUUCUUGUGCUCCUAAUGUAUUGGGGCAUCCCGACAAUUAUAUACCCGCUAAUCCGAUGGCCACCCCGCCUCAUAUUGUGCCGGAAUGGUAUUUCCCACCAAUCUAUGCCAUUCCUCGCAGUAUACCCGACAAAUUAGGAGGUGUAGCCGCAAUAGCACUCGUUUUUCCACCGCUUUUGGCUCUCCCUUUUCUGAAAAGUUCGUAUGUUCGUAGCUCAAGUUCUCGUCCGAUCUACCAGAAACUCUUUCGGUUUUUCCUGGCGGAUUGCUUACUAUCAGGUCGGAUCGGAUGUGAACCCGUGGAGGCACCAUAUGUGACUAUUGGACAAAUUCCUUCAGUAGCUUUCUUCUUGUUCUUUGCCCUAACGCCCAUUCUGGGACGAGUUGGAAAGAGAAUGACCGAUUAUUACACCAAUCACUUACAAUUCGAGGGCAUCGACCGAACUAUCUCCUCCGAUGCCAUAGAAUAGUAGGGGCCCACCCUCGAUUCUAGCCCUUAUUAUAGCAGGCGUCAUUAAUGAACGGCUCGCCCAACUUCUAUUGCCCCCCACCCACCCCGGGUGGGAGGAGGCUAUGGUACUGCAGUCAAGCCCUCGACAUUAUAUGGACCCACUUUUCUCGACAUCUCGACCAACCGGUCGAGCCCGAGGGCGCUCUCCCAAUGCAGACCCACCCCACCCCCCUACUAGAGUUAAUUAGAAGAGGGGGAGGCGGGGUUUUAAGGCGGUCGAGAGCCCGUGGGGGGGGCGGUGAGCGAUAAUUGAAUUUGGCGAACCGCCCCGGACUACCCGGGAGAGGACCGCCCCACUAGACUAUUGAACCCCCCCGACUACAGUUUAGUUCAGUGUAGUCUAGCCCGGGCCCUUACUCUAGCAGGUUCCAGUAAAGAAUUGACUGGUAGACUCUAGUUGGCUUUUAGUUGAGUUGAGUCUAGAAAGGUGGUCUAGUGCCGGGUAGCCCUACCCCCCACCCUCAUAGCUUCCCCCAUGCUUUCCGUUGGUAAAAACUGACCACCCGAAUCCCUAUAUCUCCGGUUGUAUCUUGACAGUAGUCUCUUUACCGCAGAUCUUGACUAACUAUUCGUACGCUUCAUUCUGGAGAUAUAUAUAUCUAUCUAUCUCUAUCUAUCUAUCUAUAUAUAUAUAUAGAUAGAUAUAUAUAGAUAUAUAUAAGAGAUAUAGAGAUAGAGGAAAUG